UCUCUCUUUUUAUUUAUUUCUCUCUUUCUCUCUCUUUAGAAAAUAAAUGUCGACUUGGAAUCUUCCUAAUUUUCCACUUUUCGCGAAUAUUGUGAAAUAUGCAACCCAUGAGAAUAAUGUUGCUAUUGAUGACGCACGAAUGAGUACUUCAUUUACUUAUUCUCAACUUGUUGCUGCCAUUGUCAAUCUUGCCGGGAUGUUGAGAGGACAGAAAAGACAGCUUCAAAGGGAAAGAAUAGCUAUUUUAUGCCCAAGCGGGUUUCCAUACGUGGUCGCUUUGUUUACUGUUUGGGCUUUGGGUGGCAUUGCUGUGCCUUUAUGCACAACACAUCCUUUACCUGAGCAAACCUACAGCUUACAGGAAUCUCAAUCCAGUUUUAUACUUGGACAUCCAGUAUUCAAAGAGCGACUAGACCAACUUUCAGAAGCAACCAAGCUGGAAUACGUCAUGAUAACUGACGAACAGCUACUGCACAUGGAUAGUAAACAUGUGCCUGAAUGCUCUGAUACCUUCUCUUUGGAUACGAGUGCUUUGAUCAUUUUUACGAGUGGCACAACAGGCAAACCAAAAGGCGCGGUUCUCACCCACCACAACUUGGAAGCGCAAGCUUCAUGUUUAGUCAAAGCUUGGUACUGGGCGUCAAAUGAUAGAAUCCACCAUAUAUUACCCCUUCACCACAUUCAUGGUAUUGUUAAUGCCCUUGUCUGUCCUCUCUAUAUCGGUGCUACAGUUGAAAUGUAUCAAAAAUUUGAUGCUGCAGCCGUUUGGUCUCGCUGGUCAGACAUGGAACGGCCUAGGCUUACCGUAUUUAUGUCAGUGCCUACUGUAUACGCCAAACUUUCACAGUACUAUAAAGCACAAGAUGAAGACAAACAAUCUGAAUUGACAAAAGCUUGUAAGCAGUUUAGGUUCAUGGUAUCUGGAUCAGCUUCACUUCCUACUACGAUACGUAAUACAUGGAGAAAGCUAAGUGGUGGCCAGGUCUUGUUGGAACGAUAUGGAAUGACAGAAAUUGGUAUGGGAUUAAGUCAAGAAUAUGUCAUAUGGGAACGUGUUGAGGGAACUGUUGGAAUUCCCCUUCCUGGAGUUCAAGUCCGUAUCGUGUCUGAAGCAGAUGGCAGAGAUAUCACCGAUUUACGUGAUACACCCGGUAUUCUUCAAAUUAAAGGACCUACUGUCUUUAAAGAGUAUUGGCAACGACCUGAUGCAACAAAAAAGGAAUUUACAAAAGAUGGCUGGUUCAUCACAGGAGAUAUGGCACAAAGAAUAACUCAUAAAGGAUAUUACCAAAUCUUAGGUAGAAGCAGUAUUGAUAUUAUUAAAACAGGCGGUGAGAAAGUAUCUGCACUGGAAAUCGAACGAGAGAUGCUUUCUUGCGAUAUAGGCAUUCAAGACGUGGCUGUCGUGGGUAUUCCUGACCCUGAGUGGGGCCAGAAGGUCUCUGCUGUAGUUGUCAUGGAGCAUGGAAGAGAACUUGACUUGCAAACAUUACGCGACAAAUUAAAAAAAAGACUAGCCGUUUACAAAGUUCCAAGCCAGUUAAAGUGUGUGCCUGAAUUACCCAAAAAUGCAAUGGGAAAAGUAACCAAAAAGGAUUUGGUGGCAUUAUUUCAAUAAAGGAAUGACCCACAACUAGAUAUUCUCUCUUUUUUUUUCUUUAUGCAUACAUUAUUACUAUUACAGCUUAUCCUACUCGCCUUGUCUGUUCACGUAAUUUAUUGUGAGCAAUACGAACCUUGUUUGGCAACAGCAAAGAAUCAGAGAUUAAAUCAUGGAUACACAUUUGCCUUGGCAAAAGUAAAAGACACAAUCUCUCCUCUAGGACCUCAAGAGGCGUGCUAUUUCAGCUGUGGGGCAAGAAUUGUAA